AUGAGUAAUACUCUACAAUAUAUAAAUGGAUCUAAAUUUGAUUACGAGCUACAAUUCAGUAACUUUCAUUUAACCAUGAUGAUUGCACGCGCUACUCUACUAGUUAUCAUCGUGCAGGUGAUGAUUUAUUAUGGAACAGGCGCUGAAUCUCGCAAACUUCAACAAUCGAAAACGCAAUUUUCUGCUGUGAAUAAACUUAAUGAACCAAAAUAUCUUCCACAUUUUUCAGAAAAUGUUCUUGACGUUUCUGAUUCAUCGAAUGCUACUGAAAAAUUAAACUCAGUCUCAUCUAGUUUCAACGACGAUAAGAAUGGCCCACUAUGGGGACGGUCGAUGUGGAGAGACAGGUUCCGACAUAUUCGAGGCAGCCCAUGGAGAAUAAAUAAUUUCUGGCAGUUAUUAGCACGCGUAUCCGAUCCAGUUUCUCCAGUGGCUGAAGGCUGA